AUGGAUGCUUACAACUUUGUAUCAUCGGCAGGCGAAUACAAUAUAUCCGAUGUGAACAAUCGAACGUCCACUAUAUUUGCAAUCAAUCCAGAUUUUAUCGCACAAUGGAAACUGAAGCGCAGGCAGGAAAAAAAGUGUGGAGAGCUCUAUUCACAUUUGGAUUUGUUGAAUUAUCCAGAAUGUUUAAAUUUGCUAGGCCAUUAUCUUGACGCAAAAGGAAAAAGCAUUCCCGUUUUUACAUCGGAAUUUAUUAAAUCCCUCGAAACGAAUAACAAAUUAAGAGGUAAUGGUUUUAGACCUGCUUCUGACAUCUCGCGUGAUGAAAUGAACCCAGUCAUUGGUAGCGUUAGAGAUAUUGCGAACUGGAUUUCUUACGGCAAUUUCACCCUGUUAGAAUGGUACAACGGAUCUGCUAGUUCUACCGGCAACGAAAGCUCCAAUCCGAAUGCAAUCAACUUUACAUUUGUUCCUUACGGGAUAGACAUCAUUGACAAAAGUCCAUCGCAGGUGCUGCCACCGUUCGAACUUUGGCAAACUGUGCUAAUUGCUAUUUGCUUAGCUAUUUGCAUAAUUCUUACUAUAGGUGGUAACAUAUUAGUACUUUUGGCGUUCAUAGUCGAUCGAAGCAUUCGACAACCGAGCAAUUACUUCAUUGCUUCGCUAGCGGCAACGGACAUGUUAAUCGGAACUGUAUCCAUGCCUUUUUACACGGUGUAUGUGCUAAUGGGCUACUGGGAUUUGGGUCCAUUACUCUGCGAUCUUUGGCUGUCGGUCGAUUAUACCGUCUGUUUGGUGUCGCAGUAUACGGUUCUGCUAAUAACAAUCGAUCGCUUUUGUUCAGUGAAAAUAGCCGCCAAAUACAGAAGCUGGCGAACCAAAAAUAAAGUCAUCUGGAUGGUAACUAUCACAUGGAUUAUUCCAGCACUGCUUUUUUUUAUAUCAAUAUUUGGCUGGGAGCAUUUUGUUGGCUAUCGAGAUUUACAGCCGGGACAAUGUGCAGUACAGUUUUUAAAAGAUCCCGUCUUCAACACAGCACUUAUCAUUGGAUACUACUGGACUACAUUAGUGGUAUUGUUUGUGUUGUACGGUGGUAUCUACAAGACCGCCUAUGAUAUGCAAAAAAAAAGUGAGGCCAAACAACGUAAAAUGCAGUCCAUGGUGGCACUCAGUAGUGCUAUGACCGGAAUGGCUAGUCGAACAGCAGGCAUAGGAAUUUCUAAAACACAGAGUACCUUGCUAUGUGCCGAUAAACCCCCACCUACGACAUCGUUGCUGCCAAAACAUGACGGAGUUGCGGUAGUAGCCGCAUCAUCGUUGGGCGAAGAAGCUCUGAGGAAAUUUGCUGCUGGGAUGCAAUUGUCAGACCCUUUGCAUUCAACGUCAGUUAGUACGAAUGUUUCAUUACUUAAGAACGACAAAAGUGCAUCUGUACAUCCUCCAUCCGCUCUGUUCGAUAUGUCUUAUUCGGACGUUGGCAACAGUGUCAAAACGCAUGUUGCAACUGAUCGCAGCACAAAGAACGAAAAAAUCGAAGGAGAUAAAAGCGAACGCUCUAGCAGUCCGGCAUUUGAUUCAGAUGAAGAACAUCCGGUUAAGAUUAAACAAGAGCAAGAUCAACUUGUAAAAACUGCUAACAAACGAUCUUCCGUUGCGGGUUUAUUGGUAGGCGCAGCUUCCGCUUCAGUAUUUUCAACAAGAUACAAAGAAAGCACAGCAAUGGCCAACACUGACAAUCUACCGUUUUCGUCCUCUGAAAGCCAUGGUACAAUAUUACCUACCAAACGUUUGCCCACAUCGGGGUCUGAUCAAAAAGUACUACCAAAAAUAAGCGAAAUAAGCAGUCCUCUAAUAUUGGAUAAAAUGCAUGACGUUGAGAAGUGUAAGGAAACUUUGGACCAAUCCUCCGCAUCGUACACAGUUGCACUGGAAUCAUUGGCCAUGACAGUCGGUGUGAGUAAAACUACUGGAUUGCAACAUAUAAUGGAGGAUUCUCCGUCUACAAUUUUUACACCACCUUGUGGCUUCCAAACUCCCCUGUUAGGUGACCAUCAAUUGGAAAUCGACCACGGAAAUGGUACAACCAGCAUGGCGGACGCCAUGAUUGCUUAUGAUCCGCUGUUAAGUAUGGAUAGCGCAGAUCUUCGCUUUAUGGAUGAAAGCUCUAUAAUGAUGCCCUCGCCGCAGUUCGAAAAUCUUCCUUCCGAUUCGUCAUUAGCAUCCAGCCUAGUUGGUAUAGAACAACAACAACAUCAUUCAAGAUCAGUAGUCAGCCACUACAAUGGACAGAGCAUUGCAAAUCCUACACUGCUUCAGAAAGCACUUAUUCGUGCAACUGCUCAAUGCAAACAGCCAUCACCAACAGUUCUUAUUCGUCCUUCCUACUUUACCAUGGGAACGAUAUCUCCUGAAGCUUAUACCAACGAGAAUGUAAUUGCUGUGCAUGGCGCUGUUGCAAAGGAGGAUAAUAAAUACAAUACUACUGUUACCGUUAGUACACAGAGUCCCGAAAAACCAAAGACAGUCCUUAAUACCAUAAAUACCGAAGUAAGUGAAUCGAGAGCAAAUGUCACCGAUGAACAUCGAAGUUCAACCCAGUGUAACAACGAAACGGUUGGCAAAAAAAACACUUCCAUAGAACACACUGAUGUUUCGAAUUACUCUAAGGGGGUAGCAGAAGUUGAACCGAUAAGAUCGGUGGGCCAAACAAGCGUAACAUGUACCAACAUUUCCGCAUCAGCAACUAUUAACUUUAGUUCACUGCAUAUUAGCAAACCGACGGUGAGCAUCGAAAGAGAUUCUUCGAGUAAGCGAGGUUUUAUUCAGUCGAUCGGCAAACAUUUAAAACCAGGUAUGAACAAACCAAACGUCGACGGUCCUCUUGGUGGAGUUUGUAGGCAAAAAUCUAAAUCCGAAAACCGAGCGAGGAAAGCCUUUCGAACCAUUUCAUUCAUAUUAGGCGCGUUCGUAGCUUGUUGGACACCAUACCACGUGCUAGCUUUGGUUGUGGGCUUUUGCUCAACACCCCCUUGUGUGAAUGAGCAUCUGUUUAUGUUUUCGUAUUUUCUUUGUUAUGCAAAUAGUCCUAUGAACCCAUUUUGCUACGCACUUGCAAACCAGCAAUUUAAGAAAACAUUUACACGCAUAUUGCGCGGAGACUUGCAUAUGACAUAA